AUGUUCCGAGACUACGGGGAACCCGGACCGAGCUCCGGCGCCGGCGGUGCGUACGGCGGCCCGACGCAGCCCCCGGCCACAGGCCAGCAGAAGUUCCACCUCGUGCCAAGCAUCAACACUGUGAGUGGCAACCAGGAGCUGCAGUGGAUGGUUCAGCCUCACUUCCUGGGACCCAGCAGCUACCCCAGGCCUCUGGCCUAUCCCCCAUACAGUCCCCCACAGCCCCGGCCAGGAGUCAUCCGGGCUCUGGGCCCAGCUCCAGGAGUGCGUCGCCGGCCCUGUGAACAGAUCAGCCCCGAGGAGGAGGAACGCCGUCGAGUGAGGCGGGAGAGGAACAAGCUAGCUGCGGCCAAGUGCAGGAACCGGAGGAAAGAACUGACCGACUUCCUGCAGGCGGAGACCGACAAACUGGAGGAUGAGAAAUCUGGACUGCAGCGAGAGAUUGAGGAGCUGCAGAAGCAGAAGGAGCGCCUGGAGCUGGUGCUCGAAGCCCACCGCCCCAUCUGCAAAAUCCCGGAAGGGGCCAAGGAGAGCGAAACCAGCGGCACAGGCGGUGCCAGCAGCAGCCCGCCAGGCCCCUCCCGCCCUGUGCCAUGUAUCUCCCUUUCCCCAGGGCCUGUACUUGAACCCGAAGCAUUGCACACUCCCACGCUCAUGACCACACCCUCCCUGACUCCUUUCACCCCCAGUCUGGUCUUCACCUACCCCAGCACGCCAGAGCCCUGUGCCUCAGCUCAUCGCAAGAGUAGCAGCAGCAGUGGGGACCCCUCUUCUGAUCCCCUGGGCUCCCCAACCCUCCUGGCCUUAUGA